GAAGUGAAGCGCUGUGUGACAGUCGCUCUCAGCAUGUCGGCUGUCUAUUUAAAGCUCAUGACCAUCCUUUGUCUCUCCUGCACAGCCCUGAGUGGCCCAGGGAGCAGUGGAGUGCUAUGGAAGGACGUUGGAGAAGCCGUCACCAUCCAGUGCAGACCUGAUGCAAAGGACCAAGAGUACCUGCGUCUGGAGAAGGGUCUCAGUAAUGACCAAAUCUAUUUCACAGAUGGCACCCCGGGAAAAAAAACCAUCUCCACAAAAUUCCAGGGAAGACUUCAGUUGCAUGGAGAUUUCCCCAACAUAACCAUCCUCAUCAAGAACUUGACCACUGAAGACACGGGACCCUACUAUUGCAUGUACUCGAAGUUUGACCCGAAGUCAGCACAAGCCGUAGACAGGAGAGGCCUGGGGUCUGUGCUCCUGGUGGUGACAGACACAGCGACAGACACAGCGGAGGAGCAGCAGUGUGACGUCAACCUGAUCAUGGUGGCUGUUGUGAUCUGUGGGGCUGCUCUGUUGGUCAUUACCAUAUGCAUCCUCAUAUGGCUCAUCCUCAAGAUUACCACAAAGAAACCGCGCCGCGUCCCCAACAAUGAUGUUUAUGAGGACAUGCGUGGAACAAUCAGACGAGACAGACGAGAGACCUGAAACUCCCCCAUCUCUCUGCAGAGGCACAAGUGAUGCACGAGAAGCAAUGUUGCAACUCAGCAGGUUCUGCCACUUCUCUUCAGGCAGCACGGCCAUACAAUGCCAGAACACCUGCACAACGAACAGAAUGAACACACUGUAUGAAAAUACAAUACAUCACUGUACUUGAAAGUACAGAGAAGAAUCUUUUUUUUUGUCUUUCAGUAGCAAGAAAUCAGAGCUGACAUGUAUUUUUUUAUGUAAAUAUGUCUUCUUUAAUUUCAUACAUUUCUUAUAGAUUUCUACAAAGAGAUGAUUUAUCGUAAAAAAAGACAGGGUUGACUUGAAUGUCAUAUAAGUUGAUACUAUGUAUUGUGAUUAUAAACUGUAAUUAUUGUCUACAUAAAUUAAACAAUAAACUA